GACACUAAAAUCAGCAAUGGCGUCGUUGUGUUUGUGCUCGAAUUGUUGAAAAUUGCAAAUUUCGGUGCAUCAAAGCGAUGAAUGUAUUUUUGAUGCGUUAAGAGCCCCCUUUGUCUUUGAGGCUCCAGGGGGCCCCGCUAUGCACGAGAAUGGAGACGAAACUGUGCCGAAUAUGCGGAAAACUCGGCCAAAACUACGUGAAUAUUUUUCGAACCGAAGGCCUGAAGAACAAGAUCGAAACAUGUCUCCCUAUUAUUGUGUCGCCCCAUUCACUUCUCCCCGAUACGAUUUGUGGCGAAUGCUCAGACAAUGUGGACAAUUUCUACAGUUUUAUCAAGAAUUGUCUCCAGAAUAUUAUCAUACUUGAAGCCCAAUAUGACAUAAACGAGUCUUGUUUGAAGACAAAACGCAAACAUGACAAAGGAUGCACCACUGAUUUGGCCAGAAAAAGCGACAAAAAUACUCAAACUAUCGAUUAUCUUGAUCUCCUCCUCAAAGAAAACGAAUUGAAUUUUCCUAACCUUAAAAAACUGGUCGACUAUGACGACUCUGAUUCUGAACAAGACGUCAAAAAAGCAGCGUCGAUCUUUGAUAAUUUUGGCCGAAAAUAUUUCGACGAUGCAGAAAACUACCUUAUCGACGAAAUUACUCAACGUAAAAAGCGCAAAAACGAAGAUACAAUCGAAUCGUCACGUGCAAAAAUCUGUAAAAUCGAAACAACCAAUCGGCGGAAAAACAAACAACCGAAAAAACUCGAAAUCAAGAACGAUUUUCUAGGAGAUUUACCGCAAGUUUGUUUAUUAUGCGAUGAACAAUUCACUGGUCCUUCCAUGUUGGCUAGUCACGUGUUUGAAACGCACGGCAUUGACAUGGCGGCCGUUACCGGCGAUACUAACGACAAAAAGAAAAAGUUACCAAAUCUACUCAAGAUUUCAGAUCUCAGGAAAAGCGAUUCGAUCGAAGAAGAGGAGCCGCCGACUCUUCUCCCGAGCUUCGUUUGUUCCCUUUGUCCGGCGAUGUUUACAUCACGUCCGGACUUGUUUGGCCAUCUUCGUGUGAAACAUUCCGACCAAUCGGCUCUCUUAUGUGGCAUGUGUCUCUAUCAAGCUUCAUCAUUGGCUAAUCUUCAGUCACAUGUUGAAUUAUGUUCCCACCAACAUCCAACCACAACAAAAUAUGUCUGUCAGGUGUGUCGUUAUGGUGAUGAUAAUUCCAAAUCAUUGGAAAAUCAUAUACUCGUCCAUGACUUUUUGUUGGAUGCGUGUAAAAAACAAUCGAAAAUGUUCGAUCCAGCCGACUAUAUCGAAACGAAUGGUAAUUACGAAUCGGGUGGUUCGUCACCAAUGACAAAAAGUCUAGCGUGUAGUGAGUGCGGAAUGGACGAUUUUGAUAAUUUUAAAGAAUUUAGUACGCAUAGAAGAAGCCAACAUUCAAUUUUUCAUUGCGAUCUUUGUAAUAAAUUUUACGGCCGUAAUUCGCAUUUAUGGAAACAUGUCAAUCGAUUGCAUAAAGGACAUCCAAGUAUCACGUGUCAGUUGUGCUACAAAACGAGUGCUUCAAAGUAUCAUCUCGCACAACAUUUCAAUAAAAUCCACAGUACGAAGAGCUGCAAAAAGAGCGAAAAUCAAUUGAAUUUUGACAAUACGGACGAUUUUAUGUCACAGAAAUUCCAAGCUUUUGAUUUUCAAUCGGUCAAACAGAGUUUCAUGCGACAGGAAUUACUCGAACAACAGGAAAAGAAGUUUUCCGAAAACGACGACAACUCGAAUAAUCAUUUAUCCGAUCAGGAACCACCAUCUGCACCUAAAGAAAUUGACUCAUCUAGUGACCUCUACACUAACAUUAUUACAAACUAUACGCCACCUGCCAACGAAGGCGAAUUCAAAUGUCCCAAGUGUGGUAAAGGUUUUCACAAGAAAACCCUCCUUAAGAAACACAAAAAGAACUGUAGACCACGUCUCCAGAAAGAUUUACUCACUCGUUGCAAAUCAUGUGCUCGUAUAUUUAAAGAUCGCCAAAGUCUCGCCAAACAUUUGGUUAAUUACCAUUCAGAGUAUGCGUGUGAAAUAUGCGGUCAAAAAGUCCAAAGUAAGUGUGAGAUUGUCUCACAUAUUAGGUUCACACAUCCCGGUUGUCAUUUGUUUUGUACGAUAUGUGGUAACAUAUUACGUAGUCGUAACGAUAUGGCCGACCACACACGUGACCAUAUGAAUAGUUACGUCUGUCAAUUCUGCGCUGAUGCGUUACCAAGCAAAAUCAAACUUAAAAUGCACAUUUUAAGUCUACAUCGUAAAAUAUUAAGUUUAAGUUGCGGUGUUUGUUUGAAAUUGUUUGAAACGCAACAUGUUCUACGCGACCAUGUCAGGUUAGUACAUCGUGAUCAGUUGGCGCCACUGACUUCGUGUCCCGUCUGUGGUAAAAAUUACGGUUCAAAAUGGAAAACCUACGAUCACUUGAAUAAGUCACACGGACGUAUUUUUAAAGCUUGUAAGGCUUGUCUUGAAGUUUUUGACAAUGAAAAUCAAUUACAAGCCCACUAUGAUAGUGUACAUGGUGGGGGUAAAAACAAUAUACCGGUCGUAACGUCACAAGUUAGCCAACCACAAAAUCACUGUGAGAGUGAAAGUGAGCGAGAAACGAAUAGCGAACAAAGUGAUGAGCAAGAAGAAGACGAACAAUACGAUAAUAAAAUCUCACUAUUGGAGAAACGUCUACUUGGGAAAAAUGAGAAGGUGUUACCAACCAAAAUUAAUAAUAAAAAACUCAAAGAACUCGAUUUUGACACGAAUCCGCAACAUAACAGUUCAAAACGUACAGUUUACGUCAAUAGUAACGAUCCGUCAUUUUGCGAGAUAUGUCACAAGACAUGGCCUGCUAAGAAACAUCUCUGGCAACACUAUAUCCGGUGUCAUAAAUCAGUGGCGGCUACGGUUUGUGGCAUUUGUCUCAAAACAAAUUCCUCCUAUGGUGCACUUCAAGCCCACUUGAUGGAAACUCAUCCAACGCUUUUGCACGGUCAAGGUUUCGGUUCGAAUUUUAUUUGUCGUAUUUGUGGUCGUUAUCACAAUGCGUCAAGUAAAUUAAAAUUGCAUAUGGCGAUUCAUGAGAAUUUUGAUUGGUCGAUGCUUGAACAACCGAAAGAGGAGAAGAAGGAAGAGAAUGGGUUCCAGGAUGCGUCUGAAAUUAAUUACGAGAGUUUGAUUGAACAAGUCGAGUGUUCCUCGGGUUCGGAAAGUGAAAAUGUCGAAACGAAAGAUAAGGAAUCAAGUUCGGAGGAUGAUAGUGAUAGUGAGACGAACGAAGCGAGUUCUGUGAGUGAGGAAGAAGAGUCGAGUGGAAGUUGGUUUAUGGUUAAAAGUGAAGAGAGUGAGGAGGAAAAGUUGGAAUCGGCGAUCAGAUCGAUUAAAUAUGAGUGCGUGGAAAAGGUAGAGGAGGAGGUGGAGGAGGAAUAUUGCGAUAUGCAAGCGCAAAGUUUGAAUGAUAAUGAAAUCGAGUCGGCGGUGGGGAGCAUAUUGUAAAUAAGGAUAGGUUAGAAUUCGAUGUUCAGUUUUUAUGAUGCAUAUCUGUAUAUAACUCAUGAUUUUUUUUUCUGAUGUAAUAUGAAGAGACUGUUUUUUUUUAAUAAUGAGUAUUUAGGAUUGUAAGUGAUCUGCUUGUUUAGGAUAGGAUAUUCUAAGCUAUUUUUUUAUAUUUAUUUUUUUAUAUUGAUUUCGACUAGUACAUAACUUAAGUCAUUCCCAUACUCAGUAAUUGUAAGGCUAUGUGUAUAUAAAAUGAUAUUCAUGAAGUAAUACAUAAUUUUCUAUGA